GACUACUUUCCGACCCCUAUAUAUUUGAGCUUCAGAUUUUUACUAAGCAUAACUGAGCUUUGCUAGAGCUAGGCUAGCUUGGAGAGUGAUACUACUUCUGCUUCAGCACCAUUUCAGAUCAGCUGUGCCGCUCGCAGCUGAUAUGUUUACACAGUUUGUUCAAUCUGGAACCAUGUCGUCUAACCCACAAGCACAACAGGUGCCACCUCUUGCAGGGAUUCAACUAGCAACCACCACCAUCGACAUUCCGGCAGAUUUACCUGUACCCAGGACACCUUCGCUUCAUCUACUAGAACACAAAAACAGAGAGCUAUACCUUGAGAUAUGCGUUCCCCUCUACAAGUAUGCACUAAAAGGUGAUUGGGAAGCUGCGGAACAGAUCUUGGAAAAGGAUCGGACACUUUUGAGUGCUGGCAUAUCAAGAGGAUGGGACACUGUUCUUCAUAUUGCAGCAGGAGCAAGACAUGUUCACUUUGUGGAGAAACUUGCCGAAAUCAUGGACAAAGAACACUUGGAACUCCAAGACAAAAAUGGAAACACUGCGUUAUGUAUCGCUGCCGCGGCAGGAGCUGUAGAGAUUGUUGAGAUUUUGAUAAAACAUAACGAUUCUUUGCUGACACGUCGAGGAAGUCAUAAAAUGGCACCACCCUAUAUGGCUGCUGUUUUAGGACAAUCCGAAAUGGCAUGGUACCUGUACCCUAAAAGUAAAAAGAUGCUGGAGAAAACCGACCUUGAGAACUUGUUCUUUUCGUGCAUCAACAAUGGUCUGUAUGAUUUAGCCUUACAGUUGCUAGAUACUGAUACAUCAUUAGCCAAGGCACGGACUGAUCGGCCGAAAAAUAAAACAGCCUUGCAUAUCUUGGCUCGAAGGCCUUCAGUAUUUGGAUCCCAAAGUCCAGGAAUCUGGGGCAGACUCAUUAAAUCAUUCCUCCCAGGUUUUAAGUUUGCAUUCACAAGGAAUUUAAAUCAAGCUGAUCAAGCACUUCAGCUGGUCGAACGCCUUUGGGAAGAAAUUUUGAAAGAUGAGCAUGAUGACGUGAUGAGGCUGAUCAAAUAUCCUUCAAAUUUAAUAUUUGACGCAGCAGAACUAGGGAAUUAUGAGUUCCUGGCUGUGCUUAUGAGCUCAUAUCCUGAGCUAGUAUGGGAAACUGAUAACAAAAAUCGAACUAUCAUCCAUGUCGCAGUUUUGCAUCGCCAUGCUAGUAUCUUCAAUCUUGUUCAUGAGAUAGGAUCUAUCAAGGACGUCAUAGUGACGUAUGAGGAUAAAGAGGGUAACAAUAUAGUGCAUAUGGCUGCAAAAGUAGCACCUCAAAACCAACUGAACCUGGUAUCGGGGGUAGCUCUUCAAAUGCAACGAGAGUUGGUAUGGUUUGAGGAAGUAAAAAAGAUUGUUCAACCUCAAUAUAUAGAGAUGGAAAACAAGAAAGGAAAAACACCACAAGAAUUAUUCACGAAAGAGCAUAGGACGUUAAUGCGUCAAGGAGAGAAAUGGAUGAAGGAAACUGCAACUUCAUGCUUGCUUGUUGCGACUAUUAUUGCAACUGUUGUGUUUUCAGCUGCGUUUAGCAUACCGGGAGGCACAGAUGAUAAAACUGGAAAGCCAAACUUUUUGACAGAGAAAGCUUUUCUAUACUUCACCAUAGCCGACGGAGUGGCACUGUUUUCUUCUUCAACUGCAAUGCUGAUGUUCUUGUUCAUCCUUACCUCGCGGUAUGCGGAAAACGAUUUCCUCAUGUCCUUGCCCUUGAAGUUGAUGGUUGGACUAUCUUGCCUCUUCAUCUCAAUAGCAUCUAUGAUGAUGGCUUUCAGCACUGCCUUCUAUUUGUCUUGUCAAUAUGGAUCAAAAUGGGUUCCGGAUCUUACAUUUUUCUUUGCAAUUGUCCCUGUUGCUUUAUAUGCAUUUCUGCAGUUCCCUCUUGUGUCUGAUAUGUCAUCUUCAACGUUUUGUUCAAGUCUUCUAUUUCAGCCAUGGAAACAUAUGAUAUACUAGAAAGCCUGGCUGAAAUGUACGUUGUACAUAUAUUAUAGCUACCUAGUUAAACCUUUGUUCCCUAACUACUACAAUUAAUGAAAUUAUAUAUAUUCCAGCUAGAAUCAAGUUCUGAUUAAAGAUUGAUCAUCUGUGCUG